AUGACCAUGGCCAUUUUAGAUAUAGUUUUUAUUUUUAGUUUAGUAAAUUCUGUGUAUGGCGCUCAAAUUCGAGUUGAUCCCUUAGUUUUAAUAGACCAAGGGCUAGUUAGUGGUCUCAAAUCUUCAGAUGGAAGUUACUCAAAGUUUCUUGGAAUACCUUAUGGUCAAGUGGAUUUAAACAAUCCCUUUGGAGAAGCAUACCCACAUCCGGGUUUUGGCAGCGAAGUAUAUAAGGCAUAUGUCGGAACCAAAUUGUGUCCACAAAGUAUUAAGUCUUCAGCAACUUUGCGAGCUGCAGAUGGUGCGGAGGAGACAUUGGAUUGUCUGCGACUUAAUGUCUACGCACCAACUGUAGCCAGUUCGCAAAAUCCGCUACCAGUAUUAAUUUGGAUACACGGAGGUAUCUAUGCCGAAGGUAGUGCAGGCAAUUAUGGUCCUGAAAAUCUAGUAAAGCAAGGAAUAGUCGUAGUAACUAUCAACUAUCGGUUAGGACCUUACGGCUUCAUGUGCCUUGAUGUACCAAGUGUCCCUGGCAACACAGGUUUAAAAGACCAAUAUUUAGCACUUCGUUGGGUAAGGAACCACAUUCGCGCGUUUGGAGGAAACCCGUAUAACGUUACUAUCGGUGGGCAAAGUGCAGGUGCAGGAUCGAUAUUACACCAUCUAUAUUCGAAAAAAGAUAAAUUGUAUUCCAAAGUUAUAGUACAAAGCGGCACUCCUCAAAAACCCGUUUCGUUUACGGAAGCUGAUGAAGAAGCCGCUAUUAAAAUAUCCUCUCAUUUAGGCUUCAACACAACUGAUACAGUAAAAGCUUUAGAAUUCUUAACGAAGUCAUCGCAUGUAUUGGUUGCCAGAGCUGCUGCAGAUUUGAAUUUAAAAUUAAGACCGUGUAAAGAGAAAUAUUUUGAUGGAGUUGAAAAUUUCAUUGAUACAAAUCCAUUUUCCUUAUCGAAUGCAAAGAAGGUUAAAAAUACUCCAAUCUUAAUCGGACAAACCAGUAAAGAACAUUAUGGUUCGCAAGCUAAAAAUUCAGAUGAAUACUAUAAGACUGAUCCAUUCCUGGAUAUUUUAAAGGAUAACUUUAUUAUGGAUGAUGAUAUGAUAUCCAAAGCGGCACAAACUGUUAGGCACUUUUAUAUUGGAGACAAAGGAAUAUCGCGGGAUAUAGCUAGUGAACUAGAAACCUUUACUACUGAUUUCUUAUAUAAUCAUCCAAUUGAAAGAACACUAGUCAAUUUAUUAAAUGAAAAAGCAAGUCCCGUAUAUGAAUAUGAGUUCCGAUACCUUGCAAAUGAAGAUAAGGAAGGGGCACCUCAUUGUGAGGAACUUAAAUAUCUAUUCCAAUAUAACGACGUUGUAGUUGAACAAAAUGACGAAAAUCAACUUGUUAUCAGCCGUGUUACAAAACUCUGGGCAAAUUUCAUCAAAUAUGGAAAUCCAACACCAACAGUUGAUGAGUUAUUGCCCAUUAAAUGGACUCCUGUCUCAGAAGGAACCAGACCUUACAUGAUAAUAGAUUCCGAACUCAAAAUUGAAAAUAGAGUUAAUAAGGAGAGAAUGGCAUUCUGGGAUCUAUUUUAUGAAGCUUUCGGACAAUAUAAUAAAUAUCUCAAAAUGUAA